UUGCCGAGUCUCGGAUAUCUACUGUUGGAUAUUGGUUGUUUGAUCUACUUCUUCUUAACUGCAACUCCGGACUCUGAUCUCUUCUCUCUUCUCCAGCGACUCAAAUCUGUCCCACUCAGCGGCUUAAUCAGACAGUUUGUACAGCCUACAAGCACAGGUGAACUUGCCCAUAGAAGUUGGAGCAUAUGGGGUCACACUAAGUGUCGUAGUUGCGAUUCAGACCUAGGAUCUUCAGUGUUAUUGCAGAUAAUCAUGAUGCGCCAUUUGUCAAGUAGUGUAUCAAAGAGAAUACACUCUUCUGUCAUUGCUUGCUGUAGAAAUGGUUCUUCUUUCUCUAUGGUUUCAAAACAACCAUACAGCUCAAUCCUGCAACAGAUUGUUGACAAGUCACCACGAAAUGUUAUUCCUAGUGAUUUCUUGAAAUGGCGUUCGCUUGGUUCCAUUAGGACAUCAAAAUUUGCCUCUGGCUUCAACCCAUUGAAGCAAAAGCCCUUGGACUCUAUUAUUGACAUGGAGAGGGCAAAGAACAAAUCAGCUGAAGAGCUAGCCGACAUUUGGGAUGAUUAUCACUUGGGAAGAGGUCACAUCGCAGCAUCAAUGAAAGCUAAGUUAUAUAAGCUCUUGGAGCAAAGAGCUUCAAGUUGCCGGUAUUUUGUGAUUCCACUAUGGAAGGGAAGUGGUUACACAACAAUGUUUGUGCAAGUGCAGGCGCCACACAUACUAAUCACAGGUCUAGAAGAUUACAAGGCAAGAGGAACUCAAGCUGCUCCAUACUUCACAAUUACUUACUACACUGAAUUUGCUGAAAGCAAGGAUCUCGUUCUUGUUCGAGGGGACAUUGUCUUUACUAGCAAGCUCACUGACUCGGAGGCAAAAUGGCUUUUGGACACUGUACAAUCCUUUUACUUGAAUGAUGUCAGGUACAAACUAGUGGAGCGCUUCAACAGAGAAACGAGAGAGUUCGAGUUCAAAGAUGUUUUACAAACUUUGGAGAUGCCUAUAUUGUGAUCAAAAUAUCCGAUUUUCUGUCAUAAGAGCAAUCAGAAGAAAUGGAGUUUGAUCGUGAAGGAUCGUUCAGAAAUCAGCAAUGGUAGGAUUGUAGUUUUCCUUGCCAUUCUGACAGGCAAUCGUGUCUGUCCAGCAUAAUGACUAGCUUGACAAUCUUUACUAAUUUUCAUUUCAUUGAGGCAAAGUCGAGUAUCUUCAGUGUAUGGUUUUACAAAAAAAAGAAAAAAAAAAUUGAAAAGGGCUGGUGGUGCUGUGUAGAAGUUCUUAAAGAAAACUUCCAAUUAUCAGGAGAUUUUGUAGAGCUGCAACAAACUUGAGAGACAAUAUCAAUAAAUGUGAAUUUAGGUCCUCAAAUUCUUUUAACA